UGUUCAACCGUAGAGGACAGUUCUAUUUCUUCUCCUUCAGCCAGUGAAAUGGACAGUUGUUCACAAAACUCUUCUGCCAAGCCUGUAAUUAAGAAGAUGCUGAACAGAAAGCAUUGCAUAGCUGUAAGUGAUUCAAGUGCUGAACAGGAAGAAAGUGACACUCGUUUUCGAAAAAGCAUAUGCAGUGUGAAAUGUAGUCUGAAAAAAGUAAAUCAUACCACAGGAGAAAACGAAGGCUCAAAUAAAGGAGAAUCUGCAUGCCACAAAGUUGUUGAUAGUACAAAAAUUGAGAAUGGCCUACAGAAUGAAUAUUUAAGUCCUAUGCAUCAUACAGAUGGGCAAAUUGAGAUCAAGUGGCCAAAGGCAGAAAUUAAAGCUUUCUCCUCCAAAAUAAUUGUUGACAUUCAGAUUAAAGAUGGGUUAAGCAAAAUCAGAUUAAACUAUAGCGAUGAGUCAGCUGAAGGUAGUAAAACCCCUGAAGAUGAGCUCAUCGACUUCUCAGAAGAUCAGGAUAACCAGGAUGAUAGCAGCGAUGAUGGAUUCCUAGGUGAUGACAACUGCAAUUCAGAAAUAGGACAAUGGCAUUUAAAGCCUAAUAUCUGUAAACAACCUUGUAUCCUACUGAUGGACUCACUUAGAGGUCCUUCUCGGUCAAAUGUUGUAAAAAUUUUAAGAGAGUAUCUAGAGGUGGAAUGGGAAGUUAAAAAAGGAAGCAAAAGAAGUUUUUCCAAAGAUGUAAUGAAAGGCUCUAAUCCAAAAGUACCCCAGCAAAACAACUUCAGUGAUUGUGGUGUAUAUGUAUUGCAGUAUGUAGAAAGCUUUUUUGAGAAUCCAAUUCUCAACUUUGAACUGCCCAUGAAUUUGGCAAAUUGGUUUCCCCCUCCAAGAAUGAGAACAAAAAGAGAAGAAAUCCGAAAUAUAAUUCUGAAACUGCAAGAAGAUCAGAGCAAAGAGAAAAAAAAGCAAAAGGACACUUCCUCAACAGAAACACCUUUGAGGGAAGGAGCAGAGCAACAUGUCAGUAGUGUCUCAAAUUGACCAUUUCUGAUGCUUGUCAGUAUUGCCUUCAGGAACUUUCAGUUUUGAGGAUUGGCAGUAAAGAACUGAAGUGCUCACUAUCAGAGUGACUUAGAAAUGUUAAUGCUUGUACAAAUGUCAUAUAAUUAAUUUUCAAUGGAGUAUGUAUUAAGUAAGUCUGUAAAUAUGUUAAUGAGGCCAA